AUGCCAGUUUUGAAUAUCUUUGUCGCUCAUCCUCCAACAUCAAGCUACGAAGAGGAAGAAGUGGAAGCCUUCUAUAUGGACCUGGAGAAGUUCUACAGAGAAGAACAUACCUUCUACAAAAUCAUAAUUGGUGAUUCUAACACCAAAAUUGGCCCAAGAAGAACGCCUGAGGAACAUCGGGACCCACGGUCUACAAUGAAAUUAACAGGGAGAGAGGCUCUCCGAGUUCAUCAUGACGACUAA